AUGGUUCAAUUGAAUGGGAGACAAUGCACGGCAAAUCGGCCAUGUCGGACAUCCAAGACGAUACCCAACAAUCCCCCUGGUGUCGCCAGCAGCCUGAAGAGAAGCAGACAGCAAACCAUGGAGGACGAUUUGGUUGCCCAGCUAAGUGCUUAUCUGACUCUGGCUAUACGAGACGAAGCCAGAGAUAUUUUGCUACGCGAGCCUCGUCUGGCAGGUCGAAACUUGGGCUCGCCUGAGCUUGAUGAUAUUUUGCGGCAAAUUCUUGACAAACGUUACCGAGAAUCGCCAUCGGAUGGCUCGAGUCAGGCCCAGAACUGGAGAAAGUUGGUCCGACUUUUCGAACUUGUAUCGAUCAUGGCACCGCGAGACCAAAGAAUCCAAACUUCAACGAUAACAAAAAUUCUUGCUUCAAUAUCCAAACCAGAAAUUUCCCGUGGUGGACAGCUUCUUCUCCAGCUCAUUCCACAUCCAUAUUUGUGCUUGCUGAAACCCUGUCUUUUAGCGAUCGUCAAGUUUAUAUGCUUCUUGGAACCAUUCAUUCAUAUGUUUGAUCAAUAUUCUACAACAGGACGAUUACUUUUGGUACCUCCGGCCUAUGAUCCAAUAUCUUACCUCUUUCCAAACCAGCCUAAAGAACUUUUCUGGUCUGAAGACGUCCCUUAUCUGAUUCAAGAAGGAGGGAUCACUAAAAUCGACAUCGGUGUCGAAGGUCAUGAAGUCUUCCAGACUACUGAUUUGGAAAGAUUUGACUGGACUGAUGUCGACCCCUUCAGCCUCUCUCUGGAUACCGAUGAGUGCACCAACGUAACAAUCAUGUCGUUCUCGCGAUACGAAAUCGCUUCGGCCCAUCUAGUGGAAGCACCCUUACCCAAAGGCGAUUGUGUCUUCAUUCCCAGUCUCUCUUUCGCCGAAAUAUCCAUUGCCAGGAUGAUUUUCUCUGGAGAUAUUGAUAAUCAUGACGCCAUCGAGCUCAUAGAUGACUGGAUGCCCACUAACGAGAAUUUGGUGUCACUAUUCUUAUCAUCCAUGUCUCUGCUUACCAUCGCAAUGUCUUGGAUCUCUUCAUACCACAUCCGGAAGUUCUUGGCACCACUUGGUAAUCUUGUUACUGCUGCUAACUUUGUACGGAUCACAUCACAAUUCGACUCGCUAACAAUGUGGUGUUUGCGGCAUCCAUCAUUGUUGCUCAACUUGAAUCAACUGAUUGAACUUCGACGUCGCACGUUUUAUAUGAAUGCUCUAUUCUCAUUGAAGGCUGAUCAGGCUGCGUCUUACGAAUCAUUUCUUGAAUACUUUGAUCUCAAUUUUCCAACAUAUACGGGUACCAUGGAUGCUGCAGUUAACAUUUGA